GCCAACCCGUCUCUUGGCAACGGGCUCAGGCCGCUAAACUGCCGGAGUGGCACCCCGAGCGCAUAGCCCUCUGGGAAGUGUAGUAUAGUUUGAAGGCUCAUAGGACUCUCGAAGCUGCAGGCUUUGAGCUUGAGAACUACAAUUCCCGACGUUCACCAUGAGGGCCAGGGGGUAGGAAGAGCCCCCAGGACCUCGGUCCGGGGUUCCUGGCUCCCUAGUGACAGCAGCGACAGGAAGCAGGCAGACAUCCCCCAACCCCCAGCGCUAGGCCUGUCCUCGGAGGGGUGUACUGGACACUUUCCCGCAUAACUCCCAUCUCUGACCCCAUGGCGAAGUCCCCAGGGAACUCUACCCUGGAGGACAGUCUGGGGCUAUACCAACGGAGUCUCCGGGAACGUGCCAAUAGAAGCAUUCACCAAUUGAAAUGUGCCCUGAGAGAAGUUGAUGUCACUGUAGAAGAAGAUGCACUGGAUCCUUCCACCAGCAUCAACGUAGACAAUGAGGACACAGGGGUGGCCUGGCAUGAACUUCAGCACAGCCAUGCUGUCAAUCAACUGAAAGCUUUGUUGCGUCAACAAACAUGUAAGGAAAAUGAGACAUCUCCAACACGAAGACGAAAGUUGUCCCCUUCGAGGCCGUCAGAAUGUGAGGAUGGUAGCAUGCCUACCAUGCACAACCUUGUUCCCAUCAUUAAUGACCAGUCUCAAUAUAUUCAUCAUUUAGAAGCAGAAGUCAAGUUUUGCAAGGAUGAAUUAUCCGGAAUGAAAAAUAGGGUGCAAGUAGUUGUACUUGAGAAUGAAAGGCUCCAGCAAGAAUUGAAAUCUCAAAGACAUGAGGAGACACUGAGGGAGCAAACAUUCCUGGAUGCGUCUGGAAACACGCAGAAUUCUUGGAUUAAGACACGAGAAGAUUCUAGGGUGGAUGAAGCUGCAAAGAGACCAUUUUCUCACGGUGAUGCUGAAACUGGCAAAACUGUGUUCACUGGCGAUGCUGACAAGUGGAAGCUGGAGCUGGAGAGGCUGAAACUCACAUACGAGGCGAAGACUGACCUUCUGGAGUCUCAGCUGAUGCUUCUGAGGAAAGACUUAGUGGAAUAUCAGAAAACCUGUGAGGAUCUUAAGGAAAGAUUGAAGCAUAAAGAAUCUCUUCUGACUGCUAGUGCAUCCAGCCGUGUGGGUGGCCUCUGUUUGAAGUGUGCCCAGCAUGAAGCUGUUCUUUCCCAGACCCAUAGCAAUGUGCACAUCCAGACCAUCGAGACGCUGACUAAAGAGAGAGAUGACUUAAUGUCUGUGCUAGUUUCUGUGCGGAGCAGCUUGGCAGAAGUGCAGGAGAGAGAGACAAGUGCCUAUAAACAAGUGAAGCAUGCUGUGCAGAUGACCGAGGAAGCCAACUUUGAAAAGACCAAGGCUUUGAUCCAGUGUGAGCAGCUGAAGAGUGAGCUGGAGAGGCAGACAGAAAGACUGGAAAAGGAGCUUGCCUGUCAGCAAGAACAAAGGGCUUUGGAGAAGGAGAUGAUAAAGAAAGAAGUGACCAGAGAGAGGGAAGAUGCAAAGUCAAAGAUACUGAUCCUAUCUCAGAAUAUUGCCAAGCUAGAGGCCCAGGUUGAAAAGGUUACAAGGGAGAAGACUUCAGCUGUCAGUCAAUUAGAGGAAAUUCAGAACCAGCUUGCAUCUCAGGAAAUGGACGUCACAAAGGUGUGUGGAGAAAUGCGCUUUCAGUUGAAUAAAACCAAAAUGGAGAAGGAUGAGGCUGAAAAGGAACACAGAGAAUACAAAGCAAAAUCUCAAAAGGAUCUUGAAAUGAAAGAUCAGGAAAUAGAGAAGUUGAGACUGGAACUGAGCGAAAGCAGACAGCACGUGGAACAGGAGCAGCAGAAGGCAGCUCGGGCCAGGCAGGAGUGCCUGCAAGUCACAGAGCUGCUGGGCGAGUCAGAGCGCCAACUGCACCUCACCAGACUGGAAAAAGAUAGCAUUCAGCAAAGCUUUAGCAACGAAGCAAAGGCCCAAGCCCUUCAGGCCCAGCAGAGAGAGCAGGAGCUAACACAGAAGAUACAGCAAAUGGAGACCCAGCACGACAAAACUGAAAGUGAACAGUAUUUACUGUUGACCUCCCAGAACACAUUUCUGACAAAGUUAAAAGAAGAAUGCUGCCUGCUAGCCAAGAAGCUGGAAAAAGUCUCACUAAAGAGCAGAUCGGAAAUAGUUCAGCUCAGUCAAGACAAAAGAUACUUAUGUGACAAACUAGAGAAGUUACAGAGGAGAAAUGACGAACUGGAGGAGCAGUGCAUCCAACACGGGAGGGUACACGAGACGAUGAAGGAAAGACUCAGGCAGCUGGAUAAGCAUGGCCAGGCUACAGCGCAGCAGCUGGUACAGUUGCUGAACAAGCAGAAUCAGCUUCUCCUGGAGCGACAGAACCUGUCAGAGGAAGUGGACCGGCUGCGAGCCCAGUUACCCAGCAUGCCACAAUCUGAUUGCUGACCUGGAUGAAACAGAGUGAAAUAAAUGAUUUACAAAGAGAUAUUUACAUUCAUCUGAUUUGUACUUAAUGUGCCACAGUGCACUGAAACCUCCCCAGGGAGACACCACCGGGGACUGCAGGGGGCUGGUCCUCAUGCCAUGGUCUGUCCCUGUGCUACAGACAGGGAGUGCUUCAGCAGCAACUGGCUAGGGCUAGUUGGGAGUGUGUGCUCAGAACAGCUUCAAGUCACUGAUUUACGUUGUCUCUAAAUGCACAGGGAUUAAUAAAAUGACCUUUCUAAAGA